AUGUCUUAUAAAACACCAUUUACUCAGAAAAACUAUAAUCCGUGCGCGAAUGUUGGAGUUCCACGUGCUAGUCCUCCCAUUUCUCGUCAAGCAUUUCCGAAAACUGUGUUAGGUGUUAGAAAUGAUAACGACGAUCCACACGAGCUUCCUACAAAGAUAUCUCAACUUAAUUAUAAUCGAGAGCUUAAUGCAUUAAAAGAAAAUAUCGAGUUAAGAGAUAAAGAAAAUUCUGAUUUAAUAAAUAAGAAAAUUCAGAUGGAAAAUGAUUACAAUAUUAAGAUCCAAUCUUUACAGAACAAAAAUUCUAUGCUUAACAACGACAUAAGAACACAAGAAAUGCAGCUUUCACAGUUUUAUUCAAAAUUGACUAACCAAUUAUCACGCCCUAUUACAACUCUGAGGGACGCAACUGUUGCCAUCUCCGAUAUCAUUGCAGAAAACCUUGCUCUCCAGAACAAAAUCGAUAAACUUUCAAAAACAUUAAUCGGCUACGACUCAGACAUUGAAGUAUUACGCGAAAAACUUCUUGCUGAUAAAGAAGAAAAGUCAGCACUGAAGAAAAACAUCAAGGCUUUAAUGGAGCAACAAAAAAAUGUUCCAGACGUUAAUUCCAUUAUCCAGCCUUAUGAAAAGAAGAUAGAAAUACUAAAUCAAAAGCUAGCUGAUAUGCAGGACAAAUACAUGCAAAGCCAAAAAGCCGUUGAUGAACAAGAAUCUUCUGUUAUUUCUUUGAAGGACAAGCUUGAUCAACUUCAGAAGAACCCACAACCAGCACAAUUACCUGAUAGUACUAAACAAUUAUACGAAUCAAAGAUUUCAUUGUUACAAGAAAGAUUUAAUAUCUCAGAAAAAGAAAACCAACAGAAAUCAGAAGAGAUCAAGAAGCUUAAUGAAACAAUAAACCAGAAAGAAGCUAAGAUUGCAGAACUUUCUGCUAAAAUCGAAAUUCUUCAAAAUACAAUUUCAGAAAGCGAAUAUUCAGUUCAACAAUCUAAGGAUAAGAUUUCAGACCUUAAGAAGAAAUUAUCACAAUCCAAUGACAUGGUCCGAUCUGUCAAUGUUGAACUCGACGCAGCACAUUCUAAAUCAUCAGAACUUGAAAUUCGUGUUUCACAGUUAAAUGAAGAAAAGUCUAAACUCGAAACACAACUUAAUGAACAGAAAAGUGGUCAAAACUCAAUCAAUCAACAUCUUGAAUCAGAAAAUGAAUUUUUACAUGAAUCAUUAAGUAAUCUUGAGAAUACACUUAAUUCACAACGCGAAGAGAUCAGCAAACUUUAUCAAACAAGAUUUGUUUUGUUGAACAAUCUUGAACGAACAGAAAAUCUUCUUCGUGAACACGAAUCAAUUGUAGAACGUGCACUUGAAUCUAAGACAAAAGCGGAAGAAUCACUUGACUCAUUCAUGAAACAGAUCAAUGCCGAACGAGAAGUCGAAGAUCGUUCAUUCAACGAUGCAUUCGACCAUGUCCUUGAUGUCCUUCCAGUUAGUGUUGUUGACCAAGUCUCACGAUUGAACGGUCUUCCUAAAUCAGAAAUCUUCCGCUGUACUAUUGAUGCCAUUCUCUCUGACAGCAAAGAUCUGAACACAUCAGAACAAAGUGUUGAAUACAGCAACCUCGAGAAACGUCAUCAAGCACUUCUUGAACAACUUCAGUACUGUGUUGAUUUCAUUCGUAAAAUCUCACGUUCACAGAUCAAUGUUAUUGGUCAAGAUGGUCGUACAGAGAUUAUCCAACAAUGUGCACGUCUUGGCAAGUUCAUUGAUGAUCACAAAAUCUAUCUUCCUAACAAAGAAUUUUCAAGAAUCUCAAUGUUCGAUCCAGUUACAAUGAACAAUCCAGAAAACAUUGCUAAACUUUUCUUCGACUUCGUUGAUGAUUCAUUGAUCGAUCAAUCUCCAUAUGUUGAAUUGUACACAUUGUUCUGCAUCUACGCACAAAUCAACAUGUCCUUGACAGAUUCAGCAGAGACCGUUCUUUCAUUACAGAACGAACUUAAAGAAUCAAAAUCAUAUAUUAAGUCACUUUUAAGUCAACUUGACUCACAAUCACAACAAACACAAGAACUUAGUGAAAUCAAAGAUAAACUCAAAGAAGUUAUUCCUAAUUUUGUUGAUGAUUUUACAGGCGACUUCAAACGAGACUUUGAACAAUUUAUUGAUAUUGUUUCAUCAGAAUUCACACCAUCACAUGCUGUUGUUGAUUUAGAACAAAAACUUUCAGAAACACUUCGUCGUUUAGAAGAAAGCGAAAAUCAAAAUUCACAUGAACGUCUUUCAUAUGAACGUGAACGAAAUGAAUUUUGCAACAAAUUCAACAAAUUAAUUUGUGUUUUAGAGAAUGAGCUUUCAUUAGCUAAAGAACAAUUCAAUGAUCUUUCCCAUAAGAAAGCAGAAGAAGACGAAAUGUACAGAUCUAAAAUCGAAGAACUUGAAUUACAAAAUGCAGAACUCUCUAAAAUCAGUGACAAAAGUUAUUCAGAAGAUUUGACGAACAAAGAAAAAUUAACAACAGUUUUAGAUGAACUUGAAAAAGUUACAUCAGAAAAGAAAUCAUUAGAACUUGAAUUAACAAAAUGCAAGAAAGAACUUUCAGACAUUAUUGAACAAGCACACAAUGAUGUCCAUAAACUUAUUGAUAAACUGAACCGUGAGAAAUCUAAAACAUCAAUUUACAAAUCUCGUGCUCUUUCAGCCGAAUCAAAGAACAACGAUGUCAUCAUUGAAGUUCGAAAGCGAACAGAUUCAUUGGCAUCACAAUAUGGCACAUCCAUUGUUGCAUUGCAGAAUGACUUGAAACAAGAACGAGAGAAAGUCACAAAUAUUAACAAAGAGAAAGAUAUAUUAAGUGACGAAAACAUUCGACUUAAAACAGAAAUCUCUAAAUUGAAAGUUCAAUUGCGAACAUUAACAAUCAAUAACGAAGACUUGAAGACGAAUCUUGAAACAGAACGUUCAAACAACUCAGCCAAGAUUGCAUCUCUCAAUAUUUCAACAUCAUCAAAGAUUGAUGGUUAUAACAAGUCAUUUUCAGAUCUUCGAAACAAGUUCAGAGAAGGAAUUGCAAAAAUAUCUGGUUUCGAUAUCAAGAGUUUACCAGAAGAUGACGACGAAUUAAUUGAUAGUGCAUACAGAUUUGUCAACGAAAUUAUGAAUUCAGAAACAGCGAAAGUCACACAGGAUGCUUUAUACCUCAGAAAAGUUUUACGUAUUGAAGGAACAGACAAACAUCUUUCAGAUGUAUUCUCAGACAUGAGAUCUAAAAUUGCAAAGCUCGAUGACAAGUGCAGUGCAAUUCAGUCAGAGAAUGAAAGAAUACAGACACAGACAGAGAGAACUAUGAGAGACAACGAACGUCUCCAGUCAUCACAGGAAGAACUCCUUCAAUGGAGUAGAUGGGGAAGGUCUUUGUUCAGACAGAUAUCAGACAUGUCUCCACAAGGACAGAAAGACAAAGACAUAAGGUUGACAAUCGAGGAACAGUUCAUUGGUUCUCUCGGUUUCGGUUCAUUGAGAAGCAAACUCUCAAUUUUGAGGAGUGAGAAACAAUUCUUGCUCUCUCACUCGAUUCCUGGAUCAUCAAAAACAAAUACAAAUUCGAUAAGACCUGUUGCAAUGGUAAUCGUGUUUUCAAACAUUUUACAAGGAAUCUCUGGAACUCAAAAGUCUACGAUAUUAAUCAAGGAGAAGAAACCUGCUCCAAAAUUGUAA